AUGAGCGGAUACACUUCGAGAUUUACACUUGGCAACAUUAGCGGUUAUCUCGGGGAUAUGUGUAGAGCUGCAAUCGCUCUUGAUUCACGCGACGCCUUCCCCGGUUGGAAAUUGCAUAAUGCACGAAUUGUCGACUCGACGAUUUACCUCUCGAUGGUCAAAAGAACGCUAGAUAUGUGCCUAGAAUCUCAUGGCAAGGUCUGCUCAGCCUUGGUACCAGAGCGACUCCAGAUUGCUCGAAUGGUCGAUAUCACCACCUGGAAGGUCGUCCCUUACCCUGCAAACUCUAAUAAGAAAGAGCAACUAGAGAUGAUGGAUCAGAUCUAUGCUGGAGCAACAGUCACAAUCGUCGCUAUGGCUGGCAAGGACUCGGAUUCUGGACUACCUGGCGUCUCGGACAAGUAUUCCCGCCGCGAACAGCUGAAAGAAGUGAUCGAAGAUAUGAGCAUCAAUGGCACUUCCCAUACAGGAUUGCUGCCAUAUCUGAGUCAAUUGACCCGCUACGGCCACGGAGAUAACGACACAUCCAGCGGUGUCGGCACUGCGAGCUGUGAUGAGAAUGAACCUGGAUCAACGCCUAUAAAUCGCAGGGGUGGGAACGUCGACGCAUUCGCCAGGGUGCUAGCCAGCUAUUCCCAGCGACGUUUGACCAACGAGCAGGACUCUCUCAAUGCGAUGCUAGGUAUUCUAUCUGCGAUCAGGACAAAACUCAUCCCUUCUGGCUUCAUCUACGGACUGCCACUUCAAAGUAAUCCGCAAUCCCUCGGUUGGAUCCACGACUGUACUGGUAUACCUAAGCGCCUGCGGUCUUUCCCAAGUUGGAGCUGGUGUGGGUGGGAGGGGAAAGUAAAAUUCCCUGACAGACUACUGUUCAAGGGAUAUGAAGAGGGCUAUCCGAGAAGCGACUUACACCCACAGGUCGUGGCACAUGACGAACAGGAACUUUCUGUUGAGGGUUUGGUAGUACAGCUGGGAGUUGUCACGAAGGCCUUCGGUGAGGCUCUUAUACUUGGAACCGAUGAAUCGACUGGCUAUAUCAAGGAAAGAAACUUUGCGCAUAACAAUACCCUUCCCUCGGGCAUUUACAGUUGUCUAGUCGCACAACGGGUUUUAUAUGAGCCCGAGGUCAGUGGUCAAGGUCUCCCUCUCCCUCUCCUCGCCCUCUCCUCUCCCUCUCCUUCUCCCUCUCCUUCCCCCCGGGCCGUCUCCCACCUCGCCUUCCUCUCUUCUAUCUUCUUAGUAAUUAAAACCGCCGAAGCGGCCUCCAUCUUCUCCAGUUCAUCAUCAUUUAAUAAGAAAUUAUCUCCGCUAUUCCAGAAUGUAUCGUCCGCCGGCGCGGCGCCAGUGGUAGGAACGACAGCAACAGGGGCAGCGACAGCAGCGGGGGUGGUGACAACAUCGGGGGCAGCGGCAGCGGCAGCGACAGAGGAGGUGGUGGUGGUGCGGUCCCUCUUUUGGGCAAUAAUAUUAGAGGGGGGCGGCUCUCCUGAGGGAGGUGGAGGGCGAGGGAGGAGAAGCUGGCAACUUUGGUAA